GACGCAGUGUCGUCAUGCGCACUGACUGGAGCCCAUGGUGGAUGUGUAAUAACGCCUAAAAAGUAUCGCCACGGAAGGACUCGAACAGCCCGAAACGCAACAGGCUGUCUAGCUAAAACGUGGAUAACAACCUGGUGGGCCUGGGAGGUGCGGGCCGAGACGAGCUGUCGUCCGAUGGCGUGUUGACGAGGACAGCUGGAUGCCAAACCUGGAGUGGAUUCUCUGGAUUUGAACGUUGCACCGUGUAGCCCACUUUCUGGUGAAGCUUAACUUCCGCGACUUGGUGAUGGACGAGUGGUGGAUGACAGUUCGCCGUAGCUACCGCCCAUAUACACGCACAACUACUGUGGAAGGAAACCAGAGUUCCCAGAUAAGAAGUCCACACAUAAUCCUGUCAGUGUAGAGUUUUGGUUUCCGACAAACUCAUGUUGUUCCAAGUGCAAAAACCUGAUUCAAUAAAUAUUUGUUGAACUCGUUUGGAGACUUUGACGCAUUAUAAAUAUACAAUUCUCUCAGUAUUCGAAUGAACGCUAUCGCCUUACUGGUUGGUCCGAAAUCCUCAACGGGUUUUACCACCUCCACAGCCUCAGACCUCAUGAUUGGAUUCUCCCCGGUGUCAGGCGAUGGUACGGGCUGUGUGGGCGGUGCUUCGGCUGGUGUCCAGUGAAGUAGCCCCGGUGAAGAAAGCGAACCUGCCGGGGUUCAGGCGACUGUUCACGGUCUCGUGUCGAUCAGCUGCGGCUACUGGCCGCUGGUACUUUUCCAGUCCCGUCCAACAUCCACGCUCUGCAGCCAGAAUGCCGGAGAUAACUGAGCACCUGGACGAGAAGCAGGUCCAGCUCCUGUCGGAGAUGUGCAUCCUCAUUGAUGAGAACGACCAGAAGAUCGGAGCGGACACGAAGAAAAACUGCCAUCUGAACUCUAACAUCGACAAAGGUUUGUUACACCGAGCUUUCAGCGUCUUCAUCUUCAACAGCGAGGAGAAGCUGCUCCUUCAGCAGAGGUCAGACGCCAAAAUCACAUUUCCAGGUUGUUUCACAAACACAUGCUGCAGCCACCCCCUACACACAGACCGUGAGCUGGAGGAGAAGGACUCCAUUGGAGUGAGAAGGGCUGCUCAGAGGCGGCUACAGGCUGAACUGGGGAUCCCCAUGGCUCAGGUGACUCCUGACGAGAUGACGUACCUAACAAGGAUCCACUACAAAGCACAGUCAGACGGCAUUUGGGGAGAACAUGAGAUCGACUACAUCCUCUUCAUGCAGAAGGAUGUGGAGUUGAGUCCCGACCCCAAUGAGAUCAAAAGCCACUGCUACGUGACCAAAGAGGAGCUGCGAGACAUGCUGGACAAAGCCAAACGGCAGGAGCUCAAGAUCACUCCCUGGUUCAGCCUCAUCGCAGAGACUUUCCUCUUCCAGUGGUGGGACAACCUGCAGAACCUGAAGCAGUUUGUGGAUCAUGACAAAAUCCACCGCAUGUAGGACUCUUCGCAAAGCUCUAGCUGCCAACCUGGCAUCCAGAUGUAAGCAGCUUACCUUCCAGGCAGUCUAGAUACAUUGGGCGUCCACGCAGCAAGCAUGACGUUCACAGCUCACUGUCUGUGUGGCUUAGCUAAGUGUUAGCAUGGUGAAAUUCGCCCACUCAAGUGUGAAGGUGGAACUGUCACAUUUGCCCUGCUGAACAUAUUGUACAGCUUUGUAAAUCAUCUUGAACUAAACUCAAGUGCCUGACUUCACAUCGCGAAUAACGUUUCAGGCUCACCCCGAUAGUGACUACAGGAGUCACUGGAAACGCAUAAUAAUAUAUAAUUGUCAGUCCUGUGAUGGCAAGUCUUUAGUGAAGCCUGCGACAGACAGGAGACCCAGUCAGGAUCAGUCUAUGCUGAAUAAUGAAUAAAUGAAUGCUACACUGACUGCAGUCUGUCCAUAAAACGUUUUAGAAAAGUUAGAUUUUGAUGGUGAGAGGAUGCCACUGUUGUUGCGUAAACAGGAGCCAUUAUAUUACAUUUAAAUUGAAAAUAAACAGAGUGAACAUAUUUUGCAGCGACAUUCAUUACCACUCUUAUUGCACUGAUGUGGUGAAUCACCUACAGCUGCUCUCCCUGUCUCUGGACUCAUGUUUUAUUUUAAUAUUAGACCCCCCCAUCAUGUGUUAUUUUAAAUCUCACUUGACUCACCCUUCUUUUCACUCGUUCCCCUCUGUCCUUGUGAUUGCCUAAUGUCUGACCACCUUCUGUGAGCUUGGUUCCCCAUACGUUUCACUUGACAAGACACUUAGGCUGUAACUUCGACUGCCUUAAAAUACAUACUGCAUUGCUGCUCAAUAUUCUCAGGAUUUUCUAAGCUUGAUGUAAGGUGGAAAAAUAAAAAUAUCCAUGAUAAAAAGCCAACAUUUAAAAGUGCUUGAGAAGUAUUUUAUUUCUUGGCCAUAACACUUUUACUCACACGGCACCUGUGAUGUGAUUAUUAUUAUUAUUAUACAUCUGAAUCAGAACAGACAAUAAAACAGUAACAACAACAACAUGACAACAACAAACAGGUAAAUAUGGCAUCAUGAUUAUACCUUCUGGUAAACAGAGAUGAUGUACACGUUUAAGUAAAAUGUGAGGGUCACUAAAAGUAUAUAUAAAAAUAAAUUCCAGCGAAUACUCUUGGCACAAAUUUUGGCAAAUGAAGAAUGGCUGAAUAAUUAUCUAGUAGGUAAUUGUUAAACUUAUUCAUGUAGCUCACAAGUUGAUAUUAAAGUUAG